GAUAGAUCCACUAACUUUACUAUACAGCUUGAACUUGAGAGAGAGAAGUCCGAAAAGCAGACAGCUCUUACAAACUACCGAGCUAUUCCCGAGAGAAUUCGUAUGUUUCUUCGUCUUUCUCCUUUUUGGGCGAUUCUAACAUACCAUCUUAGGCCAGCAGGAACUCCGAAUGAGAGACAUCCAGAAAAUUUUUCAGGAUGUAAAAACCAGGGUUCUUGAUAUUCGCAGUCAACAGGAUCAGCUAUCCAUUGAGAAAGCUGAGGCGACACUUGAAUACGCUGUAUGUAUUAUCUGAUUUAUUCCCGUGAUGCCUCGGUGCUAAUUCUGGACAGACCGCGGUCGAACAUCUUCGAAUACUGCACGAGGAGCUCAUCAAGUUAAAGAUCCGCUAUAUUGAGGCUUUCUCCGACGUAGAAAUCCUGAAGGAUCGCAAUACAGAACACAGAGACAGAUUGGAAGCUAAAAAUAACGAGCUGAAAGACGCGAAUGAGGAAGUGAAAACCAUGUCGGUAGCCGUCAAAGAUAUGAUGAAGCAGGCAAACAAGGUUGUACAACUGUCGCAGCGUCAGCCUGACUUGGCUGCGCUGCUCUCCACUUUGGUCGAUCAUACUGUCGACCAACUGGAAGCAGAUAUCGAUUCGGAGAAGGCUCGCCUGGAGCUCACGCAUGGGGGGAGCAGCAACAUCAUUAAAGAAUUCGAAGAACGUGAAAAACAGAUACAAAAGCUGCGUGGCAAGCUCUCCGACUUCGAGACUCAACUCGCGGAAUAUGAUCACGCCAUCAACGAGAUCCGCGGGAAGUGGGAACCCAAGCUCGAUGAGAUUAUAAAGAGCAUAAGUGAUGCUUUCUCCGAUUCAUUUGCCCGCAUUGGCUGUGCCGGUCAGGUCACAUUAGACAAAGCAGAGGAUGAAGCAGGCGCCGACGGCGAGCCUGGAGGCAGCGACUUUGACCAGUGGUCCAUCCAGAUCCACGUGAAGUUCAGAGAACACGAGAAUCUCUCCCUCCUCGACUCUCACCGCCAAUCAGGUGGAGAAAGAGCCGUGAGUACGAUCUUCUACCUCAUGGCUCUGCAGUCGCUCUCCGCAUCUCCGUUCCGUGUCGUCGACGAGAUUAACCAGGGUAUGGACCCGCGCAAUGAACGCAUGGUACACGGACGCCUGGUGGAUAUUGCCUGUGCCCCCUCCGAGAACGGAGGUGGCGGUCAGUACUUCCUCAUCACGCCCAAACUGCUCAGCGGAUUAGUCUACAAGCCAGGCAUGAGGGUGCUCUGCAUCUACAGCGGUGAGCAUAUGCCCAAGGACUAUGAGCAACUUGAUUUUGGGCAAGCCGUUCGAAGAAUGAGGGCUAUACGAGAUCGAGGAAGGGCCGUUGAGGAUCCUACUCAAAGAAGUAACGGCCAUGUUGACGUUCACGCUUGAUUUACCUUUCUGGCUUGGAGUAACGGUCUUUUGUGAUACCUCUUUUUCGUUUAUGAUUCCGAUUGCGAUACUAUAUUUGUCAUGUGUGCGUACUUUGGUAGAAGCUUAUACCAAUGCCUGAAACUAUUUGUCUCAA